CCGCUGGGCGCUCUUACGGGGGGCUGAUGGCGCCGCUGCCCUCAGGCGGGGGCGGAUGGGGGGCGCGGCGGCGGGAAGCGGGCGGUGUGAGUGGGGGCGACGCUCACGCCUGCUGAUUGGCCGCGUGCCUCGCGCCCCUGCCUCCUAUUGGCCUAAUUAGGGGAGGGGGUGUCUCACCCCGUCUUCGGAUUGGCUGUAAUGGCCGUGGAGACUGUAUUGGGGGGAUUGGUGGGGGUCCCCCAGUCCGCCCUGUGAGGGGCAGUGGUGGGGUGUGUUUGCGGGUCCUACUCUCACGAGGUUCUCUUGCUCCAGGGGGCCCAGUGGACAUCAGUGUGUCCCCAGCAGGGCGAGGUUCCUGGCUGGGUGGCUCUGAGACUUGGUGUGGAGGGAAGUUAGGCCCUUCCCCAUUGCCCUAGGAUGGUUCUAUUCAUGAAGUUCCUGGUCUAAGUAGCAGCAGUUGCUGCAGGUGGAAGCUGUGGGGUUCACUGUUCUCCUGACAGUGGUCUUGCUGCCAGAAACUCUUUUCCUGUGGUCUUGGGUAUGGUUUUAGCAAGUGGAUACUUUAUCUUGCAGCUCUCUUGCUCUGUGGGUGUUGGUGUUGAUUUGUCGUGUUUGCCUUCCUGUGCCCCAGUUCCAUUAGAAGUGAGUUGAUGUGAGUUUGUUAAAUGGUUAAGUUGGAAUGGAAGAAUAACGUCCUGAUGCUGUGCCUGUCAAAAUUACUCAUCCUAAGGGGGUAAUUCACCUUUUUUAGGGGUAUUUUCCGGUAUGAGAGCUAUGUGUGGUCACCUUUCAUCUCUCAGCUGUAUAUUGCAGAGCCUCAGGAGGGCUCUUACAGGGUCCCUAAAUUAGAAUUUUAAUGUGGUUUAGGCUGCUGACAGUAUUCAUCGUCCUGACAGUGAAAUGAAGGGUCAGGAUUUGUGAUGCACUUUUUGGUACCUCGGCAUCAACCUGUCUAGUGCAUCACUAUAUAUUUAUGGUUCUUACAGACCUUUAAAGAAUUGUCAAAUGCAAAGCUGGGUGUGUAAAAUGCCUAUCAAUGUUUCCCUGUGAGUUUCAAUGGGAGUAAAGACUAUACUGAACUUUUGCUUUCUUCUGUCAGAUUUUUCAUAAUUCAGGUUUUUUUUCUUGUAGUUCAGUUAGAAGAUGAGAUGCUAAUGAAUCACCAACUGAUUUUACAAGAGGAUUCUUUGCAUCUUUUGUGGACACAAUAAAAUAAUUGGUAGUCUUGACCCUUCUAAUGCCUUCAUUUCUAGGAAAAGUAAUGCAGGAGCAUGUAUUCUCUAGUCUGUCCUUAAAUGGAAAAUUUCUCUCUGAAAUUGUGAAGGUUUUUGGCACUUUUCUACAUGGAUGCUUCUCUUGUGUGAAAACAGACAGCUUUAUUACCUUGUUUAUAGGAUGAGAUAUCGGUGUAAUUGUUAUUAUCUGAUAGAAUAAUUGACAAUUUGAUUUUAGAGAGAAACGGGUCUAUAGUAUUUUCUGCUCUCCUCUGGCACCCUUAGUUCUACCAUUUGCAGAAAAUCCCUGGAUGAGCUCUCCUGGGGUAAAUUGCUCUGCAGUGAGCAGCCACUUCCAGUGUGUUCCUGACCACUUGCAGCUGCUGGCAGCUGUGUACACUGAAUUCUAAUUCUAAGUGUAUUAAGGGGGCUGGUUUUGUAUGGUGAAUUUUGUUUGGGCUUGAACGUGAGAUUGGGUCUAUUUGUCACUUUUAAAACAUGCAGUUGUAUCGUUGCCCUGAAAUGGCUCUAUACGUCAGUCUCCACCUGUUUGAAGGUGCAGAUAGUCCGUUUGUUCUCUGGGGUAGUGCAGAGCAGCAGCUAUUCUGAAGGAGCCAUCUCAGGUAUGUGUUUUUAUGUGCAGAAACAAGGUAGUUUUGUUUUUUUGAAUUUUAUGACAGGUGAUUUAAAUUCAGAGGAAAGGUGUGGGGGUGGGUGAGGGAGAAAGGAAGCAGCACUACCUGCAUGUAGGAGGGGAAGAAUCCCCUCCAACUGACAGUUCUUUUGGGAAGAGUUUACUGGAGGAGGAGAAGGGAUGGGAGACAAAAAAAUGGCAGGAAGAAGCUGGAAGGGAAUGGUUUGUUUUCUUUCAGUUACCCCUAACAGAGCCAUUUUGACGAUUAUGUGGGCAGAACUGUAGAAGACACUGAUACAGACACUUACUUUCCUUUUGUGUCAUCCUGUACUUUAAAUGCAUGUGUUCCCUGCUUCCUUGCUUUAUCAGAUUCCUCUCUCUGUGGUUUAUAAACCAUAUCCUUUAGGAAGGCAGGGUUACUGCCUCGAGCAGCUGGAGCCCAAGAACUGCAGUAUGUGAUUCAACAGCCCAUGAUAUCACGGGGACCUCAGAGGAUGAAACAUUGGGACGACAACAACAUGAGGAAUGUGGCCAUAGAUUAAGGAAGCUGAGAGUGGGAGGAAGAAGUCAGUUGCUGGAGUGGAUAUUUAGAUGUUGAGCAAAUGGGAAGAGAGGCAACUAAAGAAGAGAUUUGCAUAUGUAGAAGGUAAUGAAGUUGAAUCUUUGUCCACUGAGAGAGAGGACAAUGUGAGAAACAUUUUAUUAUACAAGAAUUAAGACUCAAGAGAGAUGUCCUUGGAGCAUCUCUCAGUAGGUGUCUAAACCCAGCCUAGGUAGUCUGUAGGAGGAUGUUAACCUGUGCUCAGGCUGGAUUCUCUCCUGUAUUCUGUGGUAGAAAUGGAUUUUCAGCUAAUGGAUUUUACCUGGUAAGUUGUGAGAGAAUAGUUACAUCAGAGUGUUGUACUGUCACCUUUAAUGCCUGCGCACUAUCCCUUUAGGAUAAGGACUGUAACGUGAUGGGCACAGCAGCAGAGGACUGGCCUUUGUCUAAGAGAUCUCUUCCAGCUUGUUGCUUUGAUGAUGUAUGUGCCAUAAGGAUAUGGGUAUACAUUCAUUAUGCACAAUGGCAGUGAAGAGUGAGUUGGUGUUUGGCUGAGCUCUUCUAUUAAUUAUACAAGAAAAUAAAUUGAAGCCAUUUUUCCCUUUGUGGAAAUAAGUAAUUCUUGCUGUCCCAGCCCUAGUAUGAUUCCCAUUUUUAACUCACCAGUAAAACAUAAAUAUUGUGCUUUUACAUCACCUGAUUGAUAACAUUCACGCAAAAUGCACCAGGGCCAGAGUUCCUUGAAACAGUACGUGCCUGUGAUGGAUGGGAAUGCAGAGGAGGUGACGACAGUCCUGAGUCAGUCCUCUAUGAGGUUAGAAACCUUCUUGCUGCUAUGAAAGCAUGUUCCUACUAAAGGAUCUCAGGAAAUGCAUUGGCUCUGCCUUCUAACUGGCAUAAUUAACUUUGUGUGGGAUAAAGCUUUUUGCAGGCACGUAUGAUGUUCCUUUUGAGCAUAAUAAAUUAUUUUCAUAUUAAAAGCUAGAGGAAGACUGAGAGUUGUAAAACCUAUUUUGUACCAAUCUUACUGCACUUGCACAUGGCUAGGGUGACACACACUUGUCAGUGAGCUCAGUCAUGGGAGGAUUAAGCCAAUAGUCCCUGCUGUUAUUGCUGCAGGGAACCUCAGGCUGUGCAAGGCUCUUUUACACUGGGGAGUAGAUCACAUUAGCUGGUUUAUGCACCAUUAUUGCAAAGUGGGUUCUCGUUUUGAGGUACUGAGUGGCUUUAUUGCUCUCUGAGCAGGGAUGUGGUCUUUUCCCCUUGCUCAGUUUUAAUAUUACCUUUUCUCAUCCUGGAGAAGGGACAAAAAUGAGUGUUUGGCAGCCACUGGCUUGGAUUUUUCAGCAGAAUGCCCUUAGUGAGCCUCACAGAGGUUGCUGCAGAUGAAGUCCCCAGAGAGUUUGUCUCUGCAUUUUCUUGUGCAGUCGCAGCAUUGAAAGAAAUUGUCAUUCUUUUAUAGCAGGUUUGCCAAGAACAUAUGGUUAUUGUUGAUUUUAAUUUUUUUUUGGUGGUGCUUUUUUCUGACUUUCAGAGCUUACCUUUGAAGCCCUAGGUGAGUUCAUUGAAUUUAACUGGUAUUUAAAACACUUAGACACCAAACACAAACCAGCAGUGACUUUGCUCUAAGUGGUUUUCUCUUACAGCACCGUUCACUCCUGAGUCUUUGUGGGGGGAUCAUGGAUGCACCUGUGAGGGUCCCCACAUGGACCUCUGGUGGCUUAGGGUGUCUAAUGCUGAGGCAGCAAAGUUAGCAAGGGGCAUUGCAGUUGGAUAGGCAAUGAGGCACUUUGCCCAUUUGAUUUACUAUCCUCUGGAGCUGGAUGCAGUGCACGGGGAAGCUGCUGAUUUAAUAAAACGGCUCCAGAGAAAGCACCAUCCCACAGAACAGGAAGGAGGAGUUGGAGGGUGUUGCAGAGGUCAAAAGGAGGUUUUAAGUAAGAUUUAAAAGAAAAAAAAAUUGUCAGACAGUGACACCAAGGUGCUUUCCAGGUAUCAGAAGUUUUGUCAUUAAUUACAUUUUCUGGAUUGGAUGUAAAAUGCAAAAACUAAAGAGAGAUUGCUGUAGGUCUGUGACAGCAGUAGGUUCCAGAAGGUGUUAAGAAAAGGAAGGUGAAUGUGAAUGGUGCUCUGAGACAAACCUGUGUUGUCCUGAAGGGAUGGUUAAUUUACUUGCACAGCUCAGAAUGAGCUAAUGUUCCACUAUAGGAGAUAUUUCAAAGUCACAGGAGCUGUGUGGUUUUAGAUCAUGUUGUGUUGUGAUUUGUACAAUGUAUAGUGUCAGACAGUCACUGCUUCACCACUGCCAUACUAGAGUGGUACUGGACUGUAUUUGUACUCUCUAGUUAUGCCUGUUAAUGUUUCAGCUUGUGUCAUCACCUGGCGUGGACAGGGUGAGGCAUGCCUGUUGUUUGGGGAAGAAAAUGCUGUGUCUGCACUUACUGUAAAUGCUUUAACAUCUCCCACUGGCAGUGCUUCUUGCUCGUGUUUGUGAUGCUCAUUGUGUUGUAUGAAAGCAUUGGGGUGCUGGCAGAAUUUCAGGUGACUGUUGGGUGAUAUGUCAAAAUUGACUAAUCUUUCAACUUCCAGAAAAGUGAAAUUUCAUCAUCUUCAAGUUACUGAAGUACUUACUAUGAGUAUACAAAAAAAAAAAAAAAACGAUAUAUUGAAUAAUAUUUGAGCCAGGCCUCUUAUAUUUUAUAGUGGAGAGAAUAUAGUUGUGACAAACAUAACACGUAAAUUUGACAUAAGUUUAAGCAAGCUGUUUGGAUUAUUGUUUUACUAAACAUCUACAUGCAUUUUUAUUACAAAAUAUAGCCUACUUUCUUCAUAUUGAGGAAAAACUGAGUUUAUCCUAUUCCAAUGCCUUUUAUAUUUAGUUACGCUUUUUUCUUUUAGGAUUUAUGCAAUUGAGUUUCAAUUUCUGUUACACUGAUUUUUAUGGUAAUCACUUGGACAUAGCAGAGCUUCUCAUUGAGGUGCAUGUCUUGGUGUUUAUUUAGCUUGUCUGAAAAUGUGUGAUGUGUACAAUAUGGUGAGAAAAAUCAACAGUUGCAAAGGAUAAUCCAUGGACAAAUAGUGUGGAGAGCAAGCAGAGAGUGCUCCCUGCAUGCCAGUGAUUCGGCAGUGCUUAUGUCCGAAGUUUCACGUUUAUUUCUGCUAAAAAACUACCAAAGCUGAGAGAAGACCACAGGGAAAUGGUUAAAAGUUCAAGACACUGUGGCUGUCAGGGUUGAAAUGGGUAUUGAGAGUGGGAUCUAGGGAAGGAAAUAAGAUUGUGUGGGAUUAGUGAGAAGCAGCAUCCCAUGGAGGACCAGUGAGCAAAGUUAGCUUGAUCUUCUUGUCAUCAGUGUCAGAAAAUUCGCUCAGGUGUUGGUGUUUUGUGGCAGUUCUAUUGUCAGUGGCUUUGGAUAAGAUUUUUGCACCUUCUGGCCUUGACUGCACGACUUUUUUGUUUCACAGCUGAAUUUCAGCACUUGCUCCUGCCUCCCACCUUCUUUAUUGCUCAUUCCUGGGACCUCUCUGAGAUGUGGCCUGUCUUUGCUCUCAGCACAUCUGUUAUUCCAGGGAAAUGGGCUUUUUGUGAUUCCAUUUUCCAGGGAAAGUGUGUUUUCAUGAUUACCAACAUACUGAUGAAAUGCAUACCGAGAGGUAGAUACUAGAAUGAAUUUGGAAGCACAGAAGUUGAAAGCAUCAGCAAAUCCUGCAGUUCCUACUAUUCUCCCUUAUUGCUGCACAGUUGGCUGGGCUGAACUGUUUAUUGUUUUCAUUUCUGUCAAGAACAGCAAUAACCGAGCUGUUUAUAGAAUCUGCAGCACUGGGCCACUGAGUUUGGCUCAGCCUUGCUUUUUUCCCACAAGAUUUUAAGUUAGUGCUAGCUUUGAGAACCAUAAAAUGACUUCUGCUUUCCUUUCCAACUUUAUGGUACUUCUUUUUUUUCAGAGAUGAAUCUUAAUAUCCAGUUUUGUCUUUUAAAGGCCCUGCCUGAACCCUUCGGUCUCCUUUGUACUCAAGUUGUAAGUUAUCUGUGCCAAAAUGACUCUGCAGGAGUGAGUCAGCAUCUUCCUUCAGACCUUCAGUGUCUGCGGGUAGGGAAGUUUUUUUUACAGCCAUGUUGCUGAAGAUCACUUUGUCUUCUGGAAGCAGAAACUCAAUGAACAGAUGAAUCCCUUCAGCCAGACAUUCCUCCAGUAGAUCUUUCCCCUCAUGGAGCACCCAGGCAGGGAGGAGAUGGACUUGAAAGAGGAAAGUCCUCAGGUGUGGACUGAGUCUGCAGCACAGGAACAGAACACUGCUCAGACUCUGUUUACAGAUCCAUCCCAAGUGGCUUACGUCCAACAGGAUGCUACCACCCAGCAGGUAACUGUGCUCUUGCCUGCUGCUGCUCAGAGCAUGAAUCCCACCAACCUGUCUGUGCUCGGCAGCAUUGCUGACCCCCCCCAGCCAGUGGCUCUGGAGCAGGGGCCACAAGCAGAUAGAGCAUCAUUACCGGUGCAUAACCAGGUGUUACCUCCCAUGGAGGCUGUGGAUGGUUCUGAUCCUUUAGCACCUCUGCAGAAUCAAAUGGAAAGGAUAGAAACAAAAGAAGAAGAUGAUGAAGAUGAAGAUGAGGAUGAAGAUGGGGAAGACACUGACAUGGAUGAAUGGGAUCCAGAUCCACCUCGUCCCUUUGAUCCCAAUGAUUUAUGGUGUGAAGAGUGUAAUAACGCACAUCCCUCAGUGUGUCCGAAACAUGGACCUUUGCAUCCCAUCCCAAACCGGCCCGUGCUGACCAGGGCGAGGGCCAGCCUUCCCCUGGUGCUCUAUAUAGACAGGUUUUUGGGAGGUGUGUUCUCCAAACGGCGUAUCCCAAAGCGUACACAGUUUGGGCCUGUGGAAGGACCCCUGGUCAGACAGACUGAGCUCAAAGACUGCUAUAUCCAUUUGAAGGUUUCUCUUGAUAAGGGUGACAGAAAAGACAGAGACUUGCAAGAGGACCUGUGGUUUGAACUUUCCAGUGAGGCUCUGUGUAACUGGAUGAUGUUUGUGCGUCCAGCUCAAAACCACCUGGAGCAGAACCUGGUGGCCUAUCAGUACGGCCACCACAUUUAUUACACCACCAUUAAAAACGUGGAGCCCAAGCAGGAACUCAAGGUGUGGUAUGCUGCCUCCUAUGCCGAGUUUGUGAACCAGAAGAUCCAUGACAUAACUGAGGAGGAAAGGAAGGUGCUCAGGGAGCAGGAAAAGAACUGGCCAUGUUACGAGUGCAAUCGGCGUUUCAUGAGCUCGGAGCAGCUCCAGCAGCACCUCAACUCCCAUGAUGAGAAGCUGGACUUCUUCAGCAGAGCCAGAGGCCGAGGUCGUGGGCGAGGAAAGAGGAGAUUUGGACCCGGCAGACGCCCCGGGCGCCCUCCCAAAUUCAUGCGCAUGGAAGUAUCCAGUGAAAAUGGUGAAAAGUGUGAAGAGGGGACACAGGACUUGCUGCAUUUUUCCAGCAAGGGGCAGUUUGAUGAGGCCGGACAAGCCCCAUUGAAUGGGCUGGAGCAGCGGGAACAGACUCCGGUGCCACCAGAGCCUCAGGCAGCACUGGAGCAGCAGGAAAACCACGUGCUCAACAUACAGCCACAGCACGAGGGGAGCACAGUGCCCACGCAGAGUACCAUGACAGCAGAUGACAUGAGGCGAGCAAAGCGCAUCAGGAAUGCAGCUCUGCAGCACCUGUUCAUCCGGAAAUCCUUCCGCCCGUUCAAAUGCCUGCAGUGCGGGAAGGCCUUCCGGGAGAAGGACAAGCUGGACCAGCACCUGCGGUUCCAUGGGCGGGAAGGGAACUGCCCUUUGACCUGUGACAUCUGCAACAAGGGCUUCAUCAACAGCGGUGCUCUCGAGAGCCACAUGAAAUUCCACAUGGACCAGAAAACAUACUCCUGCAUUUUCUGCCCCGAGUCCUUUGACCGCUUGGAUCUGCUUAAGGAUCAUGUGGCCAUCCAUGUCAAUGAUGGCUAUUUCACCUGCCCCACCUGCAAGAAACGCUUCCCAGAUUUUAUCCAGGUCAAGAAACACGUGCGCAGUUUCCAUUCUGAGAAGAUUUACCAGUGUACAGAGUGUGACAAGGCUUUCUGCCGCCCCGACAAGCUGCGACUCCACAUGCUGCGGCACUCGGACCGCAAAGACUUCCUGUGCUCCACUUGUGGCAAGCAGUUCAAGAGGAAGGACAAGCUGCGAGAGCACAUGCAGAGGAUGCACAACCCAGAGAGGGAGGCCAAGAAGGCUGAUCGGAUCAGCCGCUCCAAAACCUUCAAGCCCCGGAUCGCAUCCACUGACUAUGAGAGCUUCAUGUUCAAGUGCCGCCUCUGCAUGAUGGGCUUCCGCCGCAGGGGCAUGUUGGUGAAUCAUUUAUCAAAGAGACAUCCAGACAUGAAAAUAGAAGAGGUGCCAGAGCUCACGCUGCCCAUCAUAAAACCCAACAGAGAUUACUUCUGUCAAUACUGCGAUAAGGUGUACAAGAGUGCCAGCAAACGCAAAGCACACAUCCUGAAAAACCAUCCUGGUGCCGAGCUACCUCCAAGCAUCCGGAAACUGCGUCCUGCAGGCCCAGGAGAGCCAGAUCCCAUGCUGAGUACCCACACCCAGCUGACAGGCACCAUUGCCACCCCUCCAGUGUGCUGCCCUCACUGCUCCAAGCAAUACAGCAGUAAGACGAAGAUGGUGCAGCACAUCCGCAAGAAGCACCCAGAGUUUGCUCAGCUCCCGAACACAAUCCACGCACCGCUGGCGACGGCCGUCAUCAGUUCCACGCCAGCUGUUCUUACCACCGACAGCACAACUGGAGAAACUGUUGUGACAACAGAUUUACUGACCCAAGCAAUGACAGAGAUAUCCCAGACCCUCACUACAGACUACCGGACUCCCCAGGGAGAUUAUCAGCGCAUCCAGUACAUCCCUGUGUCUCAAUCCACAACUGGCUUGCAGCAGCCUCAGCACAUACAGCUGCAGGUUGUUCAAGUGGCCCAGGCUACCUCCCCUCACCAGUCCCAGCACUCCACAGUGGAUGUUGGGCAGCUCCAUGAUUCCCAGACUUACACCCAACAUGCCAUCCAGGUGCAGCACAUCCAGGUCACAGAGCCAUCACCAGCAACUCAGUCAUCAUCACAGGUUGGUGGUCAGCCUUUGAGUCCUUCCUCGCAACCACCUCAGCAGGAACUCAGGCCCUCACAGAUGCAGACAACUCCAUCAACACCAAACCAAGCCCUCCAGCAGCAGCAAGGCUCCUCAGUCCAGCACACAUAUCUCCCCAGCAACUGGAACUCAUUUCGAAGCUACUCAUCAGAGAUUCAGAUGAUGACCAUCCCCCAAGGGCAGUAUGUAAUCACAGAGACUGCUGUGGGUACCCCAGUCACCCCUGUCAACACAGGGCAAGUAAAAGCAGUUACUCAGACUCACUACGUGAUAUCUGAAGGUCAGCCUGAUCUGGAUGGUAAACAAAACUCCUCACUGUCCAGCGAGGUUCAGGUGGGUGUUUCCCAGCCCACAGCCCACACGGAUCCCUUGGAAUCCCAGACGAGCAGCCAGCAGCAAACCACCCAGUACAUCAUCACAACCACUACCAACGGGAGUGGCGGGAGCGAAGUGCACAUCUCCAAACCCAGGACUUUCUCAGCAGAGCAUGAGUGAAAGAGCCUCAUGGUGCCAUUUGCUUGUCCUUGUCACCUCCCUGACAGCCCAGAUGUGGGGGUACCCUGGGGCUCUAUAUGUUUUAAUGUAUAUGCUCACUUACCUUCCACUGAAAUCCUGGAGCUCUUGUUAAUGCUUUAAGAGGGUAUAAUUAACAGUGACUAUGAAAUACUCUCAAAAUCCUUCUGGGAUGCUUUUUAUGCAGCUUUUAAGAGAAAGGACAAGAAAAGUGAAACCUCUGUUGGCCCUGGACUUUAUUUUUGGCAUGUCUGCUGAUCCUUAUUUUUCCUUUUUGGAAGUGUGUCCAGCAAACAAUUUUAUUUCAACUGUAUGGGAAAAAGAAUUGCCUAAAUGAAGGCUUCCUGGCAGAUUGUUCUAUGUAUAUUUUUAAGAGGAGCCACUAAACAGGAGAACAUCAUGUAAAUUGCUAGAGUAUAGCAGAAUUGCUUCCUGUGGCUUCUAGCAACUUAGGUGAAGGGGAGUGUCCCUGCACCGUAUGAGCAGACUGCCUGCAGAAAGAAGCAGCAGCAGCCAAGUGGUGGCUCCUGAUGUCCCCUUAUGGGGAUGGAUUGAACAAUGAAGCUGUGAAGAUGUGCCGAAGCAGUCCAUUAAAUUAUUAUUUUUCCAGCCCUCCAGAAGUGUUUACAUGCUGUCUGCUCUGCCCUGUUUUACCCAGCAGUGCAGAAAGCAGGAAAAGCACAGUCUUAAACCCAUGUUGUUUGGAACAAACUGGUUGAAAUCUUAGGAGCACCUAAGGGUAGUACAGAGCCACUGUUACUUCUUUUCCCUCCACUGUUUGCAGGAAAAAUAUCUUCUUUGCCUGUAAACAAAUAAAACAAAAACAAAAAAUAAAAAAAUAGGGCUCAGCUAAACCUGCACAGCAGCUUCUGCUGUGAUCUAAGAUAGUUGUGCCAGGAGAAAACAAGGAUACAGAGCACUCCUGUGAAGGAACAGGGUCAUUAUCUCUGUGGCCACCUCAAAGUAAACAUAUUUCUCCUUUUCAAGACUAGAUGGAGAGUUGGUUACUUCGAUUUUUCUUUUUUCCAAAUAACCUUGUUAACAAUGCACUGUAAUUCCUUUGGACAGUUCCAGAAAACAACCAGCCCUGGACUCAGGAAACACACGAGAGACAUGCUAGUGAACCACUAUUUAUGGGACAUGGAAAGCCAUCCAUGAGGGUUGCCUGAUGUGAUGGACCUGGUCUACAUACAGGAUUCAUGUUGCAUUUAGGGACCAGGAGAAAGGGAAAGUUUAUCUUUUAAGGCCGUGUGAUAUAUUUUUCCUUACAUAGUUCUUCGCAGGUCCUCCUGGUUGUUUAAGGCAUUCUGGUGGUUGCAAGCACAUGACUAGAACUCCAUUGACUCCUGAUGGGAUAUACUGUGUAUGUCUGAAUUUCCAUUCAUUGCUGGAAAACUCAUCCCAGAACAUCUGUGCAUAACAGGAUACAUUUAUUUAUAAAACAAAUGCAAAGAAGGGUGCUGGGUCUUAGAGGCCCUUGGGACAGAAGAACUUGAGAGUUUUUUUUAUUUGAUUUCUCUUGUACUGCACUGAGUGUGAAUGUGGGAUUCUUCCAUAGGUAUUCCCAUGGAUUCAGGUAUGGAUUACCCAUGCCAGUAAGAACUACACGUUGCAGUAUCAGGUUUUAUGGAGUUAAAGCUCUUUGAGGGAACUCCACACUCAGGCAGCACAAGAGCAAAGCCUUGUGGGCAAAGCCUUGUAGCAGGUAUUGCUUUGGUAAUUAUCGUAUCUGUUAAUGUGGCAUGGAAAUAGUAUUGAGAUAAAUCAGUUGGCAAAUACUGGCCAGCUCAGAAGUGUUCUGAGGUAACUUCGAAGUGGCUUGCCAAAACAUGGAUUACUUUGUUUCUGGGAUUUCUCUUUUCUAGCUGUACCACUAUACCAGGGUACUUAAUGAGCCAGGUAGAAUUAACGUGGACCAGAGCUCCCAUUUGGCCAAGUGCAGUGAUGAGUGACAUUAAAUUCUGUGGCUUUGGCAGCCCAGCCACUGUGGCAGUGUGGGCAAGCAACCACAAUGUCCAGUAAGUAACUCAAAUUCAUGUUGCUGAGGACUUGAGAAUUACAAUGUUGGGCCUUGCAAUGUUCAUGUGGGAAGAGAGUAGGGAGAAUUUUGUCUUGGCUUUUUUCAGGCUGCUGGUGAUUUAAUAGCAAGCCAGAAAUGCUACAAAUAGUAGGAAAAUAACAGACUUGGAAAUGGGAGACUGGGAAUACUGGGAUACUGCCCUGCAGGAGCAAUUUUAAGAGUCUUAAAAGUUUGACCAUAGAUGAACAUCAAAUACAGUCCCAUUAAUGAUGUUGCAGAUGUGGGGUUUAAAAACUAUUUUGCUCUAUUCACCUUUGUUGGAAGGGUUCAUGAAAUGAGGACAGUUGUACCAGUUAUUUAACUGAAAACUAUUUAAAAUAGAAAACCAUUUUAAAACAGCCUUUUUGAACUCAAAGCUUCUUUAUCACAGUUUCUCUGCCCUGCAGUAGCAGCACACUUGGGUUGUUGGUCUGACUCCAGGUGAAGUAAUUCCUAGUGUCCCAAGUUGAAUGAAUUGCCUGCAUAAGAAGCAUGCUUAGAAAUGGAAGUACCACAGAUUUUCCUUACAAAAUAAGGAACUACAGUGAUUGGACAGAUGGCAAAGGUUGCAUGGAUUUUUUUUCUCCAUUUCUGCAGCGCAGAAGGGCGUAGGAUGUAUUAUUAUUGUUUUUAAAUCAGAGCAACCCAAAGAUCUCUCUCUUUAAGUCAUGUCCCACAGAAGUCAGUGUAAAUCCAGAGUCCUCUCAGUUGCCUGUAAGGUCCAUGUUUUGUUUUUGAGAUGCUGUCUCUUGGAGGCAUUUUGGGUCAGAUUCUGUAUUUUCUUGGAGGAAAAAGAAAACAAUUCCAGCUUGCACAACCUGAUCUUGCACCUCUUGGACUGCUUGGGCCCCAUCUAUUAUUUAACUGUGUAUGUUUAUUGUACAUUUGGUGACUGUUGUUGUUUUCAGAGUCUCGUGCAACCUGGCAGGUGUAAAAAAAACACCAAACCAACCUGAAAAUAAAAAAUCUGUUUCUUUUUU